AUGCUCCUGACUGUGGUCCUUGCCUCUGCCCUUCUCCUCUGCUCUGUGGCUGACCAGGGGUGUUUGACCUUUGUAGGAAUCAAGGAUGUCAGUUACCUCAUUGACAAACUGCAGAAAGAUCCUCUGUCAAAAUGCAGCUGCAGUGGCAACGUGACCAGUUGUCUGUGUCUGCCCAUUCCUUCUGACUCCUGCAGCACACCCUGCUUCCAGGAGGGUCUGGCCCAGAUAGCCAACACCACUGUCCAGACAAGCUUCUCCCUGGUGUUCAGUAGGGUUAUGAAAACGGUUGGAGCCCUGAAGAACAGCAAGUGUCAGUACUUUUCCUGUGACCAGCCGUGCAACCAAACCACCUCAGGCAACACGCUGACAUUUCUCAACAGCCUCCUGGGAGUGUUCCAGAAAGAAAGGAUGAGAGGCAGACCAUGA